AUGUAUUCAGAUUUGAGGCACGACGAUCUAGUACAUCGGAUGUCAGAGUCGAUAUCGACCGCUGAUCAAUGUACAUCUUCCAAAUCACUUUGUUGGUAUGCGAACGUAGUGUUUAAUCAGAUUAGGCUGAGGGGAUUUUUCGGAUACAGGCUGAGGUGCCACCAAGCAAACCUCUUCAAUUCACGCGGAUAUCGUGAAAUGCUCCAUCGCCGUGGGCACAGGAUUCUCAAUAUAGUCAUUUCAAUAUGUUUGGUUGGAUUCUUUGUCGUUAUUAUGAAAGGGCCAUCUUCGGACAGUAUUCUGUUGGACACUCCUUCUUUUCCCUCAGUUCCUGAUGUUCAUCUGCGCGUAAUAAACGAUAUGGAGGCGGACUUAGCUAACGACUCUAACACUGAUUAUGGAAGUGAGCAGGACAUAUCACUUUGGCCUUUCCAUAAUGCGAAUACGAAUUUAACUAUAUCCGGUCAAGAUAUAGUAGGAUCAGUGAAUUUUCUCAACGAAAAUUUCGAACUUCUAAACCUCGCAAGAUUUGGCCCGAUCGAAAAUGCGAAAUUCGUAAUUGUUAUCCAGGUUCACAACCGGCCCACCUAUCUUGGGUACCUUAUCGAUUCACUCCGCAGCGCACAAGGUAUAGAGGAGGCUUUGUUGGUGUUUAGUCAUGAUAUAAACGUUGCUCCAGUCAAUGAAAUGAUAAGGAAUAUCACCUUUGCACGAGUCCUCCAAAUAUAUUAUCCCUAUAACAUGCAGUUGUUUCCACAUGUUUUUCCUGGGCAGGAUCCAAAAGAUUGUCCCGAAAGGAUAGGAAAGAAAGCAGCGUCGACAAUUCGCUGUCAGAACUUCGAAAAUCCAGACAAAUAUGGAAAUUACCGCGUUGCGAAGAUCACUCAAAUCAAGCAUCACUGGUGGUGGAAGAUGAACUAUGUGUUUGAUGGCGUCUAUGACCGUUACGAUUUGUCUGAUCCAUGGGUUCUCCUACUAGAGGAAGAUCACUACUUGGCUCCUGAUGCCCUUCAUGUACUCGAUAUAAUAAUACAGAACCGAAAAGAGUACUGUGAUAAGUGUGAGAUAAUUUCACUGGGGUCCUACCUCAAAUCGUUCACAAGUUAUGGGACGAACAUAGCUAAACUCGGUGCUCAUCCAUGGUACAGCUCGAAACAUAAUAUGGGUAUGGCAUUUCGACGCGAAACGUGGAUGAAAGUUAAAAACUGUGCUGAGCUCUUCUGUAAAUACGAUGACUACAAUUGGGACUGGUCUUUGAUGCAGGUCGUUGUCAAGUGUCUUCCUGAACGGUUUAGAGUGAUUUUCACAAAGAGUCCGCGAGUGAUUCAUAUAGGAGACUGUGGUAUGCACACACACAGGUGUAAUGCUCAUAAUGCGUACGCUUCAGCUCGUGACAUCAUGACGAAACACGCAAAUCUUCUUUUCCCUUCCCGACUUACUGUUACAGAUGUUUCGAGGCGCUCGCCAAAGCCUUCAAAGGAGAAUGGCGGUUGGGGUGAUGUCCGUGACCAUGCUUUGUGCCGAGCCAACACGCACCCGUUGAACAGCACUGCUCACGCUAUCCCUGAGUUGUCUAACUUGUUGAAAUCUACAGUUCAUAUCGGCUCCAACGCAGUUCGGAAGGAAGGGCUGUGA